AGUAUGUCAUGUGAGCACAACAUAAAUUGCCCAGGCUCCAGGCAUCAGAGCACAAAGCGGAAGGAGGUUUGCCGUCUACUUCAGGUAAAAUCCACCGACCAUGUCAGACAUUGACAAGUACGACUAUGUUCGCUUUUCUGUGGGAGACAUACAUGGACGAUCCCGAGGAAGAGUGAUUCCUGCAAGACACGUAAAGAAGUUUCUGGAGACAGGCAUAACUCUAUAUGGAGGUUUCUUGUCAUUUGAUCUAAAGAAUGAAGACGUCCCCAUAUCCAUAGACGACCCAGACUCCAAACGAAUUCCUAAAGCGUUUGCCGUAGCUGAUCUUAGUACUCUCUAUGCCGUACCAUGGGCCAGCGAGAACGGGGUGAAGGUUGCUGACGUCAUCUGUGAAAGUUACUGGCUGAAGGAUAGGACAAAACAACUGGCAUGUCCGCGAUACGUUGCUACACAACAACUACAGAAGCUAGCAGACCACGGAUUCAGCUUCUUCUCUGGUUUUGAAUUGGAAUUUCUGCUGAUGAAACCAGGUCAAAAAUCGUCUCGGCGAUGUGAUCUGAUGAAUCAACGCCUUGUAACGAAGCACAGCGAUUUUCUGUUUGACCUUGAGAAACAGAUGUACCUUGCGGGCGUUGACAUUGAAAAUAUUCAUGCUGAAUUUGAAGCGAGCACCUUUGAAGCUGUCCUGAGGCCAUCAUACGGGAUUACAAGCGCAGAAUCCUGCUUCAAGUUCAAGACCGGAAUUUUGGAAAUAGCUGAUAAGAAAGAUCGCAUAGUCAGCUUUCAGUCCAAACAUAGCGAGGGAGAGAUAGGAAUGCAUUUUAACCAUUCACUCUGGUCAGUCACCGAGGGUAUCAACGUCUUCCAUGACCCUGGUAGUCGGAAUGGUCUCAGUCCGUUAGGUCACCAUUGGUUGGCUGGAAUUUUGAAACAUUCAAAAGCACUGUCUGCUCUAUGGUGUCCAACAAGCAACUGCUUUGAUCGUUUGCACAAACCGAACCUACCAGGGCUUAUCUUCUGGAGCACUGAUGAUCGAGCGGCUUGUGUCAAACUAAAGUCUUCGGAAACUGGCACUUAUCUGGAACAUCGCAUUCCCAGUGGUAUGAGCAACCCCUACCUCACUCUGGCGGCAACCAUAGCUGCAGGUCUUGAUGGGAUUGUGAAGAAGCUGGAAUGUCCACCUGUGGACGAAUUCUCGACACCAAAUGCUCUUCCUCACACUCUGUCAGAGGCGAUAGAUGACCUUGAAACGGAUGCGGAUAUGGUGCACAGUUUGGGUGAGGAGUUUGUUGAAUGGUUUGUCCGCACACUCAAGAGCGACAUCAACCCAUUUAAUUUGAAGAACGGAUACAAUUAGACGUAAUGACGGAAUCUGAGUUACCCAAUUAAUGAAAUAUCUAGAUACUACUUAACCUCUACAUACGUGUAUGUAUCAGUAAUCAUUGUACUACGUGGGUAUGAAACGAUGGGACAUUUAACACAUUUACCUCACGUCAUCCCAUCUUCCCGACGCAAGGGUGUUAACUGACUUUAUAGGUCCAGUUUCCACCCUUG